AAAGAAGAUGCCUUCCAGGCCCUUCAGUCCAAAUCCCAGUCCAACCCCUGAUUCUAUUCUCCGAGCCAAUGGAUUUUUACUUGCUAUUACCAUCUCAGCUGCUGUUCUUCUCCUUCUUGGCUUCUUUUUCUUGCUAUUCUACAUCUGGUACUCUCUUGUUAAUCGCUCCCGCACCAGCCCUUUUGACUCUACUACCCCCUUGAGAUUACAAAGAUUCUCAUUCAAGGAACUUAAAUCAGCUACCAAUAAAUUCAGUGAUUGUAAUGCUAUCGGCAAAGGUGGAUCAGGAACUGUGUUCCGAGGUAUCCUUCGUGAGGGCAAAUCUGUUGCUGUUAAGAAGCUUGAUUCGACUUCUUUACAGGCUGAAACAGAGUUUCAGAACGAGUUGCAGGUUCUGGGUGGUCUACGAUCGCCUUAUGUGGUUACGCUUUUGGGUUACUGUGUUGAGAAGAAAAAAAGGUGUCUGGUUUAUGAGUAUAUGCCGAAUCGGAGCUUGCAAGAAUUGCUUUUUGCAGAGGAGCCAGUGGUUCCGAUUCUGGAUUGGAACCAACGGUUUGAGAUCAUCGUCGACAUUGCUCGUGCUCUUGCUUAUUUGCAUCUGGAAUGUGAUCCACCGGUUAUCCAUGGCGACAUAAAGCCAAGUAAUGUUCUUCUGAGUUCUGAUUACAAGGCAAAACUUUCAGAUUUUGGGCUUUCCAGAGUUAAAUCGGAAGGUGAAUUUGGGGUUGAGUUUAGUCAGGAAUUGGGUCUGAGUCAAGAGCUGCUCUGGAAAAGCCAAGAGUUUUCCGGAAAUCUAGCUAAGGUUCCUCCAGAAACUCCAACAGAGAGCACUAGGGAGGUAGAUUUUGCUCUAGGUGGGCAACCUUCUUCCUCCAAGAACAUUAGAAUUAGCUUCAAUGUGAAAUCUUUGAACUCGAAUCCUUCCACUCCUAAUGCUAAGGGGAAGGAGGUCUUCUCCAUGAACAUGGUUGGAGAAGAUUUUGAUAAUGAUCUUUAUGUUACUGAUCACAGUAUUGAUCACCCGGCGACAAGCAGAAGAAAACAAUGGGGAAAGGACUGGUGGUGGAGACAGGAUGGGAGUGGCGAAUUGUGCAGUAAAGAAUAUGUCAGAGAGUGGAUUGGAAGCCAGAUUUACCCAACGACGAACUCUGAUUGGGAUGAAGAGAAGAAAAGUUCACCCAAUAUGAAUCAUUCCAUGACACAGAUAGAUCAAUUAGGGAAUAUGAAUGAAACCCAGUUUCAUGAACAGGGGCAGGGGCGUUCAAAGAAGAAAGAAGACAAGGGUGAGAAGAAUGGUAACAAGAAGCAUCGAAAGAUGCAGGAAUGGUGGAAAGAAGAAAACCUUGCAGAAAUUAGCAAGAAGAAUGACAAGUUAACCUUCAAAAUUCAACAUUUUGCUCUGGGUCGGAGGUUUCGGCUCCGAAAAGCUACUACUUUGGGGGAACAGAUUCAGAAUGACUGCGAUCCUAAAGCGGAGUUGAGCUUUAGAAAGGGCUGGAAGAAGAAGAAGAAGAAAACCCAUUCUACUGGUAGUGAUAUAUGGAGUGGAGAUCUAUUCAGCCGUGAGCUUAGCAGUACAACCAGUGUAAGAGGCACUGUGUGUUAUGUGGCACCAGAAUAUGGUAAUUGUGGGUAUUUGAUGGAGAAGGCUGAUAUGUAUAGUCUAGGAGUUUUGAUCCUUGUGAUUAUAUCUGGUAGAAGGCCUUUACAUGUUCUGUCUUCACCUAUGAAACUCAAGAAAGCCAAUCUGAUAAGCUGGUGUAGACAAUUGGCGCAAUCAGGGAAUGUAUUAGAGCUUGUAGAUGAGAGAUUGAAAGAGACAUACAACAAAGAUCAGGCAAACCUGUGUAUAAACUUGGCCCUCUUGUGCAUACAAAAGAUGCCGGAAUUGAGGCCGGACGCCGGCGAGAUUGUAAAGAUUCUGAAAGGGGAGAUGAAUAUCCCUCCGUUUCGGACGGAUUUUUUGUCUUCUCCUUCUAAUAAGUUCUUCAGCAGAUUGAGCAGAAAACAAAAGACUGAUGUAGAGUAAAUUUUUUUGAGUUCAUUUUAACUGUAAAUUUCUUCCUCUCCACUUGGGUUCCUACAGAGUAUAGUAUUAUGUGAAAUUAGAUGUUUAUUUUUCAAAUGUAAGAAGAGUUUAGUGAUGUUCUCAUUGA